UAAUUCAAGAGAUAUGUAGCCGACAACCCAUGUAUAAAUCCUUGAUUCAUAUCUCCAUUGUCAACCAAUUACGCCCAUUUGAAUUUCUUAGAUGGCUUUUCCUCGACCGACUUCUGCUCUUUGGAGCAUCAAUAUCAUCACCAUCUUCUUCCUGCUCUCUGUAUCUUCUUCCCAAGCUUCAAAUUCUCCUCCAUCCACACAAAAUUCUCGACUCUCCAACGCUUACAGAGCCCUCCAGGCUUGGAAACAUGCCAUUUUCUCCGACCCUUUAAACUUCACUGCAAACUGGUGCGGCCCUGAGGUUUGCAACUACACUGGUGUGUAUUGUGCACCUGCCCCGGAUGAUCCGGCCACCAUUACGGUGGCCGGAAUUGACCUGAACCAUGCCAAUAUUUCAGGCUAUUUGCCUGAUGAGCUUGGCCUCCUUACGGACCUCGCUCUCUUCCAUUUAAACUCCAAUCGCUUUUGUGGCUCAGUUCCUGAUUCCUUCCGAAAUAUGAAGCUUCUGUAUGAGCUUGAUAUCAGCAACAACCAAUUCUCCGGUCAGUUUCCUCCGGUUCUUCUUUGUUUACCUUCUCUCAGGUUUCUCGACAUCCGAUUCAACCAAUUCCAGGGCGAUGUCCCUUCAAAACUCUUUGAUUUAAAACUUGAUGCCUUGUUUAUCAACAACAACAACUUCCGAGGAACCAUCCCGAAAAACAUUGGAAAUUCCCCCGUUUCCGUUAUUGUCCUGGCAAAUAAUAACUUCAGCGGCUGCAUACCUUCCGGUUUGACAAAAAUGGGGGAGACCCUUCAACAGAUCCUGUUGAUUAACAUGGGAUUGACUGGCUGUUUGCCGGAAGAUAUCGGAUUGUUGAAGGAAGUGACAGUCUUUGAUGUAAGCUUCAACAGGCUAGUUGGUUCGCUGCCAGUGUCCAUUGGAGAUAUGAAGAAUUUGCAGCAGCUAAAUGUGGCUCAUAACAAAUUUUCCGGUCAAAUUCCUGAGAGUAUUUGCUCACUGCCGAGCUUGGAGAAUUUCACUUACUCCUACAACUAUUUCUGCGGUGAAUCAACGUGCCUCAACUUGUCAGCUAAAGAUGACAGGAAGAAUUGCAUUCCUGACAGACCGCAUCAAAGAUCACCCCACGAAUGCAAGUUGUUCUAUGCCUAUCCUGUCAGUUGUAGCGCCUUUGGUUGCUCAUACAGAAGCCCACCUCCACCUCCGCCUCCUCCUCCGCCACCACCUCCUCCUCCACCCCCACCUCCUCCUCCGCCACCACCUCCUCCUCCACCCCCACCUCCACCUCCGCCACCACCUCCUCCUCCACCCCCACCUCCACCUCCGCCACCACCUCCUCCGCCAGAGAAGUGUUCACCACCACCACCUCCUCCGCCAGAGAAGUGUUCACCACCACCACCACCACCCCCUCCACCUCCACCUCCUCCGCCAGAGAAGUGUUCACCUCCACCCCCUCCAGUGAAACAUUAUCCAUGAUCAAACACACAAAUACAUAUAUAGUUCUGUUUUCAGUCAAUUUAUUGCUCCGAAAUGAGAUUGAAUAACCAGUCUGUAAUUUCUGUAUAAUUCUGGGUUUGUAGAAGAAAUGAUGACUAGUUGUUGAA